CAGACCUCGACGCUUUUCCUCCUCAAUCUCCUCCCUUACGUUUAAUCUUGCCCCUGGCUGUGUUUCGAGACCCGCAUUUACCCAAGAAAGCGACGGUUUCAUGACCGCGUUUCGGUCAGUUAACAUGGAUAUUGACGAGUUCGUCUCCAGCAUUUCCAGUCCUAGCCUCGAGGAUGUUACGCACGCCAUACGUACCUUGUCCCUCUACAGUCGUAGUACCCCGCGGGCGAGGGAUUCGUGCCCGGACUGCAACAAAUUCCAUCCUCCCCGUCGCAUCGUCUGCUGCAUCGAUGGAACCUGCAUGUUGCCAGACGGCACUGCUGGAUCGAUGCAUGGAAAUGCCAGUAAUAUCUUCCGAGUGUUCAAAGAAGGAUUGACCCCCGCCAGCGAGUCCGAGGACGGCAAGGAAUGGCUGCAGGUGAAGCAGUACUGGAAGGGCAUUGGCGCCGAGGAUACUGGCAUUGAGAAGCUGCUCUCGGGUGCCUUUGGCGGUGGUCCGACCGGAUACCAAGUUCUCAUCGCGCAAGUUCUCAAACCUGCCGCUAAUUGCAACACAGUCAUCGCGAGCGCAGUUGUGGGUCUGUUUCAUUACACAGGCACCCUCGAUCCUCUGCUCCCCGAUUUCGCCACCAAGUUCAUGGAAGGACUUCGGGUGUACAAGAGCAUUGCUGCCGAUGACGAAGCUAGAAAGCACGAGAUCUACCGCCACUUAACCCAAAACACUCUGCCGUCGCCUUCGGUCAAGUUUAUGGGACUGUUCGACGCCGUCAAGGCAGUGAAUGACCUUGAUCUCUACAAUGUAGAGAUGUCCGGUAAUUUUUUCUCAUUUAUGCCAGGCCCUGGCUUUGCUGGAGAUGCGGGACGCCUUUGCUCCUCUCCGUUCUCCCCUUGAAAAGUGAGCUGAGCCCUGGUCGAAGCUGCCAGGAAGGCUGGUUUCUCGG